CGACCCAUCGUCAUGUCUGACAACGCGUCUGGAUCUACUCCAGGGCCAUCCAAGGCCAUUGCCAGCCUCGCAAAAAAGCCAACGGAUGUCACACGGCAAGGUACACAAAAACUCAAGUUCACGCCUGUACUGCCUACUCGUCGAGCCAAAAAAGAAGAAGUAAAAACUGAACCGACACCUGCUGCUAUACCUCAGACUUCAGAACGUGGGCGAGGCAGGGGUAGAGGCGGCGAUGGGAGACGUAGAGGCCGGGGAGGGCCAAGACCAGCGGUGGAAAUGACGGCGAGCGGUCCAUUUGCUAUGGGGCCUGCAUUGGCGGGCAACAAUGCUCGACGAUCAAUUCCCCGUUCUAAUUUCGCAACCCCUGCUCCAACUACCGAUAGGUCCCAGCUUGGUGCCGGUCUUAGGCGUAUUGGACCCCCAUCUGUCAAGAAAGAUCCUGACGCAAAAGACCAAGUUAAGCCGCCCGACGCAGAUGAAGAAGAAGUGUACUCAGAACCAGAUGAGGGUGUAGAGAUUGUUGACAUGGAGGAUGUCAGGCAGAUGGACUGGAUGGCCCCCGAGAGCCUUCGGAGAGAACGCCGUCAUGCUAAAAAGAAGGUUAAGAAGGAGGAGCCUACAGAUGUCAGCAUUGACCCAGCUGUCGCUGAGAUCGACGCUGCCAAUGCGCUUGAUCUCAGUGAGAGUGAGGAGGAAGAGGAGUUUGAGGACCUGGUCGAACAUUUUGCGCAACAAGAAACGAUGGUUGAUUCCGAAACUACCCUCCGAGAAGAAAGACUAUAUUUUUUCCAGUUCCCCAGCUCCUUCCCAACCUUUUUUUCGACUGCUGUCAGUGCACCCGAGCCGAACCCACCAGACCCGCAGCCAGAGAGCAAAGGCAAGAGAGUGUCUUUCGCAGAUGAUACCAAGCCUGGUGCUGAUCCUGCCCCGUCGGAGACCCCUUCAGAGAAAUCCUCUGUGGUCGACGGAAUUAUUGGCAGUCUCGAGGUCUACCGUAGUGGUGCGGUCAAGAUGCGACUCCAAAACGGCAUACUUAUGGACGUCACUGCUGCAACGCAACCCUCUUUCCUCCAACAUGCAGUGUCGUUAGACAUUCCCCAGAAGAAACUGACUAUACUUGGAGAAGUAAACAAACGCUUCGUUGCAUCACCUGACAUCGAGACAUUGCUCACUGCGAUGGAGAUUUCAGAACGACGACCACCAGUUGAGGCUAUGGACAUAACAUGA